AUGGCACAGUCCCAGGCUUUCCCUCCACUUCCGCAAUUCUCACAGUUUAUGAAACCGUGUCGAUUUGAAGGAGAAACCCUGAAUCUUGAGGUCAUUGGGACGAUUCCGCCAGAAGUGCGUGGAACAUUUUAUCGAGUAAUGCCCGAUCCCCAACUACCUCCCCGAGUGGAAAACGAUCCGUGGUUCAAUGGCGAUGGCAAUAUCAGCUCUUUCCGAAUCGAAUCAGGCAGAGUGCAUUUCAAACAACGCUACGUUCGCACUGAGAAAUUCGUCAAAGAACGUGAGGCGCAGCGAGCAUUACUCGGCAAGUACAGAAAUAAGUACACCGACGCCGUUGAGUUCAAAGUUCGAAGUACGGCCAAUACCAAUGUUGUGUAUUUCAACGGCCGUUUACUAGCCUGCAAAGAAGAUUCGCCUCCGUAUGCACUUGAUCCAAACACUCUUGAAACAACCGGACUCUACGAUUUCGACGGGCAAUUACCCAGUCUGACUUUCACUGCUCACCCAAAACUGGAUCCUGCCACAAAAGAAUUACUCUGCUUCGGUUAUGAAGCUAAGGGUGAUGGGACACCUGACAUCUGCUAUUUCUCAGUUGGCCCAUCGGGAAAGUUCAAUGAAGUUGUGUGGCUGGUCAGCCCAGUGGUUGCCAUGAUUCACGAUUUCGCGGUGACGGAGAAUUGGGUCAUAUUCCCCCUCAUACCACAGACGUGUGAUCUCGAUCGAAUGAAAAGCGGGGGAGAACAUUGGCAAUGGAACCCGGAUAUUCCAUUUUAUAUUGGAGUACUGCCACGGCGUGGGGCGAAGGGAUCCGAUGUCAAAUGGUUUCGCGCUCCGAAUGCCUUUCCUGGCCACAUUUGCAACGCAUAUGAGCAAGAUGGGAAGAUCAUCAUGGAUCUCCCAGUGAGUGACAAGAAUGUCUUUUUCUGGUGGCCAGACGCGCAUGGUAAUGCCCCAGACCCGCAUGCAAUCACCGCCCAUAUGUUCCGCUUCAAGAUCGACCCAACGGCGGAUUGUCUUAAUCUGGCCCCAGCCGAAGCUCUACUUCAAGAAGAUUGCGAGUUUCCCCGGAUUGACGACAAAUACCUUACGCGGGAGUAUACUUAUGCAUUCUUCAGUCUCAAGGAUAACACUCUCCCAACAGACUGGCCAACGGUAGGGUCAAGGAUGGGUGGCGGCUUUCCCCCCUACAAUUCAAUCGCCAGGCUGAAUGUGAAAACACGACAAUUCGACAGGUACUUCCCCGGUGCAACACACUUGGUCCAGGAGACCGUUUUCAUCGCUAAAUCUAAGGACGCGAACGAGGGGGAUGGUUAUCUACUUUUCUUGGUGAACAACUAUGAGUCCAUGUCUUCAGAGUUACAUCUUGUGGAUACUGGGGAUUUCAGCAAGCCAUUGGCGAAGAUCUAUCUUCCGGUUCGCCUGAGAGCCGGUCUUCAUGGAAACUGGGUGGACGCCAAUGACUUGGAAAGCUAG